AUGCGUUCGCUACAUCUUGCACUACGUCUCGCUCUGGUUGUUUCGUCCGUGGGCGUGCUGCUGACAUCUGCCGAUGGCAAAGAACACAACUACAUUUUCGAUGCGUCCGAGCUGGACUGUCCCGGCAAUGUGACGUACGGGCCGAUCACGCUCACCGCCUACCAUCCACUGUUCGACUCGGACCGGAAGCGGGACUAUCUGGACGCCGAGAACCGGAAGCUGUACACGCUGCAGGAGUACCUCGACAACCGGGCACCGUACGUGACGGUCGGGAUGGAUCCGGAUCUGCGGUUACCGUACGGGAAGGAGGCAUGCAUACCGGAGCUGAAUCGCCAUUUCCGGCGUGCCGUCCGGUUGCAGGUGCGCGACACACACGAGGAUCUUCGCGGCGGUGGUUACCGGCGGGUGGACAUCUGCGUGCGCACGCAGGAAGAUAGUUACGACGAUGUCGUCAAUCUGCUGCAGGUGACGCUGGUACUGUGA